AUGCCACCCCCUCGUCUGGACUCGGCCAUCGGCCCCCUCGAUCCGAACCCUGUAGUCAGGCUACCUAGCUACGCCAACACAGCCUUCAGCCGGCCCUGUUCGCCUGGCAGGAUACAGCGGCUUGUCUGCAUCGACCCUCAGAUGCACAGUGCUGAAUCGCACGCCGAAAUACACCAUCCGGGCUUGCUGAGGGGCGCAGAUUUUUGCGACUCGGGCGUCGAGAUGGCGCCGGAUAUCAGCAUCGAGCUCCCUGACAAGGGCUGGCACCUCUUCCCCUUUGGCGAGAAGACGCUAGAGCCCGAGGCUGAGAAACCGACGAUCGGCCGCAUAUAUCGGACGUUGACGGGAGGCGAUAUCUGCGAGGAGCUGGUUGACGUCUCGGCCCACAAGCACUUUGGACACAGCUCGGCUGUCAAAGUGCGCCCUACAAUCGGCGUGCCUUCUUUCACGCCUCCCCACAGGGCCGAGCAUCUACACGACGGACACAGCGGCAUCUCCAAAGUCAGAGAGGUGCCCGUCAGCUUCUAUAACGUUGGCCCUAGCAAAGACAUUAUUUUCUCGUUUCCGAACAUCGAGGCACCGCCGACCAUCUCACAUGUACCUUACGAGCACUUUCUCCGGUCCGUACAUCAGGGGCACUGUGCCACAUCAAAAGUUCAACCGUACAGUGGCGAUGACCCCGGAGACCCAAUCCUGAGAUUCGGGCUUCAUCGGGCAGACCGGGACGACAGACGAGGCUCGAGUCGACGUCGCCUCAAUAGCUCAAGAUCGGCAUCAGAACUGCUCCAUCUCAAGCGGACAGCGGAUUGGUUUCGCGACUUGAUCAAACCUCACGAGCCGUACAAGACAAAACUGACAGACUUGCCGGAUAAAAAGUCAGCACGUGGCGCCGCUGGUAGCCACAGCCUGGAUCAGGUCACCCCCGAGACAGAAUCUCCCGUCUUUCGGACACUGACACGGAGAUUAACGACACCUGCCUCGAUUGACAAUAAAUUCAAGCAAACCGUUAGCGAUCUUGAGAAACUCAUCAGCGAAGCUAUAGUGCUGGCGACAGAGGUUGCCGAAUGCGAAGAGAAUCAACACACUGGCAACUUUGAGCUUGACGAGAUUUGCCGCCAUGAUGCCACAUAUCCGCCGCCAAGCGUCCACGAGAGCCUCCCGAGCAUGGACGAGUCGAGCAGUGACGAAAUAAUUGCGCCCAUUUCUCGCGGUGGAUUGGCUGGAAAUGUUACUGGGCAGAUCAAGCUUGUCAACAACGCUACCACGAGCCAUCUCCCAAAACGAUACCGGUCAGCCCCUGGAAUGCGCAGUAGGAACGUCGCGUUUAGCAUCCCAGAGAGGACUUCUAGCCUGAAAUCGUCUACCCCGGAUCCAGAGCACGAGUUGCCAGUUGCAAACCCUAAGAGGGAUCGGUUCCAGGAACAGCGCCGGACCGCCCUACACCCUAAUCGUCAGACCAAGAGACAGGCCUCAUUCCAGGCUCUCGAGGAAUACCCCGAGCAAGAUUCUGGAGACGAUUCCCUUCCACCAUCGGGAUGCCUGCCCAACAUGAAGUUUGUCAGAAAGAUUGGAAGCUGUGGUAGCUGCCAUAUCCCCCUGAUAUCCCACCGCAGAAGCUUCCAGCAUCACAAACAAGACGAGCUUCCGCAAGCCGAAGAGCCAGAGGAUGGCCGACCGGCUCAUGGUAACUCACGUAUUAGCCUUCAUGGAAGAUCACACAUCAGUAUACGGGAGAACCAAAGGUUCAGUCUGGCAAGGGCCUAUCGAAGGCAACCCAUCGCUCGAGACUGGUCUUCGGUCCGAAAGAGAUUUGUAGCGGCGGUCGCCUGCUUGAGCACGGCGUCUAUUGGGAUGCUGGUUGGAAUUUACGCGGGACUGGUGCCUUCGAUACAGUAUUGGAUUGCCGACCUCGAGCACUACGCCAUCCUGGGAAACGUCUUCUUCUUUGUCGGGCUCGCAAUUCCGACCUUCUUCUUCUGGCCGCUUCCUCUCUUGCAUGGACGGAAACCGUACAUCCUGUCGAGCCUCGUCAUUGCAAUGCCUCUGCUUUUCCCGCAGGCCAUAUCCGUCAGCGUGCAGCGGUCGCCCUAUGUUAGCACGUGGAGAUGGGCUCUCCUCAGCUCGCGUGCCUUCAUGGGUCUUACACUUGGCUUCGCGAGCAUGAACUUUCACUCGAUCCUAACCGAUCUCUUUGGCGCAUCCUUGAUGAGUGGUAACCCGCACCAGGAGAUUGUUGACAAGUACGACGUGCGCAGACACGGUGGUGGUAUGGGUGUCUGGCUCGGAAUCUGGACCUGGUGCUUCACAGGUUCCCUUGGCAUCGGGUUUGCCAUCGGGGCAACCAUCAUCAACACGCUCAACCCGUCGUGGGGGUUCUAUAUCAGCAUCGUGCUGAUCGCGGCGGUUCUGCUUCUCAAUGUCGUCUGCCCCGAGGUCCGACGUUCGCCGUUCAGGAGAUCUGUGGCCGAAGUCAGAAAAGGUGACCACGUGUCUCGAAGAGUUGCCCGAGGCGAGGUCAUGAUGCACCGUGUAAAGGAUGGCCCGACGUGGUGGGGGCAGGAGGUGUACCACGGAGUCUUUUUGUCGCUAGAGAUGCUUCGACAGCCCGGAUUCAUGGUCGUGGCCGUCUAUACGGGCUGGAUAUACGCACAGGUGGUGCUGAUUAUCGUCCUGCUGGGGUCACUCACGUCGCGGUACUACAUGCUCAAGUCGCCCAUGGUCGGGCUUUCGGUAGCCUUCGUCUCGAUCGGGGCUCUAGUCGCCGUUCCUUUCCAAAAGGCGAACAUCUUCUCGCGGGGAAGACACCACCAGCAACAGACAAGCGAAGACACAUUGACAACCAGGUUCGCGUGGACAUCUCGCCUUCUUAGACGCGCGAUAUUCUGCAUCUUUCUGCCUCUUGUCGGAACCGCAUACACGGCGGCCUCGGCGGGGCCACCGGUCCCUGUCGAGGUGCCCGUCCUGCUGGCAGCGCUGAUUGGCAACCUCUCGGGGCUCGCGAUAUCCGAGUGCAACGGGCUCAUCAUGGAGACAUUUGACUGUUCGGAUCUCCAGCCCGGCAUGACGGGGAGACCGCGUGGCUCGUCGAACAAGUCGCCAAAGCGGACAAAUUACUCGUCGUUUCCACGAGUGACGGCGGGGUUUGCCGUCUGCCACACGCUUGGCUUUCUCUUCGCGGCUCUGGCCACGGGGAUUGGAGGCAUGGCUCAGCGCAACCUUGGACAGCGGGUAGCGACGGGUGGUGUAGCGGGAAUACUGCUGGUGCUGACGGUGCUCCUGCUUGCGGUGCUCAUCCGGUUCAAGGAGGUGCAAAUCAUCCCGAGGUCCAAGACUCUGGAGAUGGAAAAGUGGACGCAGAUACGCAGGGAGAGCAUCCGGCGGCGGUCGAGCGGGCCUGGGCUGGGGGGCAACCAGCACGGCAUGACGGAAGAGGAGAUGUGGCGCCCGAUUCUCGUGGGCAACCCGUCAUCCAAGAUGCGGCGAGUCAACAUCCUGGAGCUCGGUGCCAUGACUCGCUGGACGGAAAUCCGCAAGAAGAACCGGCUGAUCGACGAGAGGGCGGCCCACUUGAACCGGGCGGCUCUCGAGUCGGCAGCCGAGGCGGUGGAGGAGGCAACAGGCAUCGGGGCCAAGGCGGCGGACCUCGUCCGCAGAGUCAGUGGCCGCAGAAGCAACCGCGCCGCAUCGCCAAGGCAUUUUCACAGCGGCAGCCCCGGACCGUCGAGCGCCAACAGGGGCCAGACAAUAGAGCUAGACGUGCUGCACGGGGGCGGGCAAGCAGGGCCAGGGCCAGGGCCGGGGCCGGGGCACACGGUCCCGGACCAUUUCAAGACUCGAGGGGCAGGCCAGGGGUUUUCGGAGCGCGAGUGUGUGAUGGGGCAGACGGUGCUCGAGGAGAGCGAGGGUGCGGAGCACGACCGGGUAGUUUUGGGGUCCGAGGACGGCGACGGGCACGCGGGACACUUGUGGCCGCCGACCCAGACACGGACCGGGCGUGAAUUCCAACGGGGUUAUGCAUCGGACUGA